AUUGGUGUCAUGGUGUCAACAGUUGUUUACAAACACUAACUUUGUCACUGUUAUUUUAUUUUAAAAUUUUAUAUUUCUGAAUUUUUAUUUUAUGAAAUUUUAGAAACAUGGCUAAGAAAGAUAAAAAGAAACAAAAAAAUGAAGAGCCUCCCGAUGCUGUAUUGCAAGAAGAGGUGCUGGUUGCAAGUACAGACCUCGAGCAGGAGCCUGAAGAGGUCCAGUAUACCGACACUUCGUAUACAAGUGCCUCUUUUGAGUCACUACCACCGGUCGUUGAAGAACCAAAAGCAAAGAAGAAAAAGGGAAAGAAGAAGGCUGAAGAGGUUGAAGAAAAAAUUGUGAGAAAAACCAGCAGUGAACUAUUUCAAUGGUCUGAAGAGUCACUACCACAAGAGGAAGAGAAGAAAGUCGAGGAAGAAGAAAAGGUUGUAAAAAAGAAGAAAGGCAAGAAAGAAAAGAAGGCAAAAGAAGAAAUACCAGACUUUGAAAAACCAAAGAAUUGGAAAAAGAUGAAUAAGAAGGAAAGAGAAGCAUGGCUUCUGGAGCGAAUGGAAGAGUGGCGGGCGGAGAAAGAAGCUGAGAAACAAGCGAAAUUAGCAGGAGCGAAAGAGAAAAGACUGACCCUGGCACGUGAAAGAGCUGAGCUGAUGGCAAAGGAUAAUGCUGAACAAGACACCAGAAGAGAUAUCCUGGCCAAAACUUGUAACCUGUUUCAAAGAUUUGAGAAGCAAAAAUUCGACUUCGCAAGGAAGAAGCAGCUUGAAGCAGAAUGGCAACAAUAUCUCCGCUGUGAUGGUCUCCCCGACCCCCGCGUGGUGACUCAGAUGAACACGUACAUACACGUGUGGAGGGAGACCGGGGUGUGCGACGAUGAUGAGCUGGACAAGAGGUGUCUGGAGGCGUUACCUAUGCUGGAAAUGCUGGAAGAAUUUGUGGCAAACUCACGACAGUACACCGCUCUGCAAGCUGAGAGCUACAAUGAGGUCCGUGUUGCAUUGCGCGAGCAGCUCUCCCACGCCAUACAAUGCGCCUCGUUCACACUACUUCGAGACUUGGAGCACCGUCUGAAGUGGGACUCCAUCAAGCUGGCCACAUACCACAGGGAGUUCAAAGGGUUGAAGCUGAACAUUUGGGUCGCUGUGCCCUUGCCGACCAGGAAACCUAAGCCCGUUGAGCCUGAACUGGAACCAGUUGAACUGUCGUUCCCUACCAUGGCAGUGGCGGUGAAACUCCCAAAAAUCAUAGACGGGUCAUCUGUAUGUGUGCGAGCGGCGCGCUCUACCAUCGAUUUGCUUAGCGAGAGUUCGCGAAGUUUCCAUUUGAGCCACGAAAUGCCUAAUAGAUAUGAAGAUCUUUUUACUUUCAACGUAAAAGAACACACCGAAACGUACAAAAUUAAGAAGGAACAAGAUGAAAUUAGAAACAAAUUCUACAAAGAGAUACGAGAAAAGAUCAAAGAAGUCGAAAAUUUUUUGAAAGCCAACCCAUACACAAAAAACGAAAAAGAAAAAGAAGAGCUAGACAAUCUCAACUUGGCUGAACCGCCAUUUUUGCCAGAUCCCAGAACUUUUAUAGCUGAAGAAAAUGAGAAGGCCUUUGCGAAAUACCUAAAGUCAUGUUUGACGAGGACAAGAACUGGAGAGCUGCAGCUAAGAAAAUACAGAAUCACUAAUGGUGUACUUAAUUUGGAUCUAUUGGUAACGCCACCGCAACCAAAAAAGAUACGAGAAGGAAUAUUAUUGACUACAUUAGAAUUACCGAAGCAGCUGAAACCUUUGAAGUACCAAGUGCAGUACCGAGCACCGUCCCCUCCACCUCCCGGAGUGACGCGCACUCCUGAGGAGAUUGAAGCAGAGAUGAAGAAAGUUGAGAUGCAGUACGAGAAACUCGCUCUGGUGUGCAUUGACCUCCCUCAAGACGUGAUGUGGACGGACCCACCAGUCAUAUGCCAAUGGCAGGAGCCAAGGCAGCUGUGGACCACCAACUACGUCAACGAUUACAAGUUCAAUGAGGACAAACUGACUGUGCAGUUCAGGACUGGGGUGCUUUGGCCAAUUGGAAUUGCAACACUUCGAUAUGGAAAUUUGCCAUACCAAGGGUGGGACUUGAAACCAGACCCGAACGGUAAAGGCGUAAUAAUCACGGUGACAGGCGUGUGCAUCACCGUCACUUGGCUGUGCAUCGGCAACAAGGUGCGGCUGAAGUGGAUAGCCAACGCGACCACCAGCGCGCUGAAGGACCACUUCAAUAAACCCUACAGUGUCAAGAGAAUGGUGCAGAUAAUGCGUGAAGCAGCCUGCGACUUCUUCCCGGACUUCGACGCUCACAAUCACAUAGAAAACACCUGCCCCAAAGAGUGGGUGAUGGAGAGACACAAUUAUCACGCCAUGGCUUUCCUAUCCAGAGCUUACAACUUUCAAUGGAGCAGAUGGAAUGUCGGGGCUGGGAGCCGCAAUAUCAUUAUGCAAAUCCGAGAGGCAGUUGAUAAGAAAAGAGAGGGCAAGUUCCAACUACUGCAAGUGACGCCACAGCGAGCUACGAUUCUGAAAUGUAUUGAACUAUCUCAAGAAUUGAGUUUAGAACCAAUAGUUGGAUUACAGUUUUACCCGGACCUAUUCACUCUGAACAUGUCGUACGGCUCCGUAGACGCGCGUCGAAUCACCUUCAACAUGAAAUAUCGACUCGUCGAAACAGUCUUCGAUCUAUUGCAGGAACUAAAACUGAGCAGUUACUCGUGAUUGGAAGAAAACAAACUCAAAAUUUAUUUAAAACUUUUAUUUGAUCACAAUAUCACUUUUCUAAUAUUUCAAUAUAUUUUGACUGACAAUUAUUUCUCUUUUAAAUAUGCCUUUUAAACUUAAGUUACCCGUUGUUUCUCACUAAUAUUUCGGCUAGUAAAUUAACCUAAAUUUACAGGUCUAAAUAUAGUGUAAUUAUCGCUUUUAACAAUGUUUUAUGUGGCAAAGGAUAGCAUUUGUUUUUAGACCAGCCAAUUUAGUCUAGUCUAGAGAUUUCGGCGUUAAUACAGAGUCGCAUAUUAAAAUUCUUUGGAUACGCCUCCUGGCUAAUACGACAACGUAUGCUUAUGGCAUUUUAAUUGCGACAAUGGCAGUAUCAUCCUCACAGGUUUAUAUAAAAAUCUUUACUUGAAAAGGUCCAGUUUAAGAAAUUAGCUCUAGUAUCGACUAAUUUGUGGAAAUAGUUGAUAGUAGAGUUAAUAUCUUAAACUGGACCCUUUCAAGUAAAGAUUUUUAUAUAAACCUGUGAGGAUGAUACUGCCAUUGUCGCAAUUAAAAUACCAUAAGCCUACGUUGUCCUAUUAGUUUACAAAUUGUGAAAAACCAAAUUAAAUUUGAAUUUCGCGGGCAGGCCCGUCGCUUCCACCUUAAGUUUAAAAGGCUUUAUUAUUUUAACAAAACGAAAUGUACGAUUAAGUAACAAAAAUAUAGAAUUUUGAGAUAAUUUUACAAUAAAUGGCAUAUAAACAAAUGAAAUAUAGUUUUGUAUCUUUUAAAAAUAAAAUAAGCAUAGAUCUGUUUAACCCUUACUUAAGUACCUAAACAAGGGAUAAUACAUACAAUUGGUGUGAUUUUUUAAUAACAUUUAAGUUUACAUACAUUUACCUAUAGCACAAGAUUCACAACAUUCAAAAUAUAACUAUAAAAAACCUUCAAUAUAAGUACACAGGUUUUUUCUGUUUUGUUUUACUUUUUUACCACAAACUCUCUGAUGACCACUUUGAUCUGUUACCGAACCGUACUAUACGGGCUGAUUCCACAAAGUUAGUACCAUUAUCGCUAAAAAUAUGUGCACUAUGACCACGUCUCUUAAAGAAUAACUAAAAGCCCUAAAUGUUCAAAUCUGUAACUGCAUCUAUGAUCAUCCACAGCCCACAUUACGAUGUCAUAUGAAUACUCAUUAGGGUGGUUAUGCAUAUAAAAAAUUACUUAUAAUUAUAUUUACUUCUCUUUAUUUUAGAAACGCUAAAUAAAAAUAAAGGCUGCGAGUCGAGACUAAUGACUAAGAAGCACCUAGGAUAGACUCGUGACUAGUCGGGCAUACUACAUGAACAAACUAAUGUAAA